AUGGCGGGUCUUCUGCGUCUCCUUCGGACGCAAUUUACGCCACCAACCGACCCAACCGGCAUCUCAUUCGCAGGCAAGACAGUCAUCCUAACCGGGGCAACAGCCGGGUUAGGCUUCGAAGCAGCGCUGAAGCUCCUCAACCUAGGAGUCGAAUCGCUCAUCAUCAGCAGUCGCAAUGCAGACCGCGGCCAAGCAACCAAGGUCGAGCUCGAAGCGCGCACCAACCGACCCGGCGCGGUCUCCGUCUGGGAGCUGGAGAUGGGCAGUUUCCAAAGCGUCAAGCGAUUCGCCAACCGUGUUGACAAAGAGAUCGACCGGCUGGACGUCGCCCUCCUAAACGCCGGGCUCUUCAAUCGCGAAUACGCCACUUCCCCAGAAGGGUGGGAGGAGACGUUGCAGGUUAACACGCUGUCCACGUCGCUUCUCGCGCUCUUACUGCUCCCCAAGCUACGGGCCGGGUCGACUGGGUCAGACCCGGCGCAUCUCACCGUGGUGUCCAGUCAGCAGUUCGUCCGAGUCCAGGCGAAGAACCUCCGGACGUCGGCCCCCCUGUUAGAGCAUCUGAACGACCCGAGGAACUUUGCUGGUCCCGCGCAGUACGGUAUCUCGAAGCUCCUGCUGGAGUAUGUGCUCAAGACUGUCGCGGGCAAGAUCCGACAGGACGACGGCAGUGUCCCUGUUAUUAUCAACACAGUGAGUCCUGGGUUUUGCGCCUCGUCUCUCGGGCGUCAGUUCAAUCGGUUUUACGAGCGAUGGGUCACCUGGGUGGUCUACAAGCUCUUUGCGCGCACUGCCGAGCAGGGGAGUCGGUCGCUGGUGAGUGGAACGUACCAGGGGGUGGAGGCGCAUGGGAAAUGCUGGCGGAGUGAUGGCUAUCUGGACGAAUCGACAGCUCUGACCGUUGGGGAGGAGGGGAGGCAGUUCCAGGACAAGGCUUAUUCAGAGAUCCUGGCGGUGCUACAGGCGCAGUCGGCGGACGUAGAGCGAGGACUGUAA